AUGGCCUUAAUUAUUGCCGUAUUAUUAACUCGUGGUCCCGGAAACGCCCGCUUCCUCACGCCUGAGGAACGUGAAUUCGCUGUUGACCGGUUAAAAUCAGAAGGAGGUCCAAAUAAAGUUGAUCGUAACAUCGCCAAAGCUCAAAUAAAACUUGUCUUCACUGAUAUCCUAACUUACAUUUAUAUGAUAUUAUUUAUGCUUACUUCAAUUCCAUUCUAUGCUCUUAAUAUCUACCUUCCAACUUUAGUUUAUCAACUUGGUUUUAAUGAUGUACGAGCUCAAGUAAUGGUCAUACCACCACUACUUGUUGCAACCGUAUUUAUGACCAUUAAUUCUUGGUCAUCUGAUAAGUACGAGACAAAAACUUGGAAUAUAUUGGCUUGUUAUUUAUUAGCCAUCAUUGGAUUGAUUGGAAUGGUAGCAACGCAAGCUGAUGUUCCUAUAUUAACUUUUGAUCAACUUGGAGGAAUCAUAGGAAUUUUAAUAUUCCCAGCUGAUGAUGCUCCUUCAUUCUUUAUGGGAAAUACCAUAUGCUUAAUUUCAAUAAUCCUUGCAUCUAUUAUUACUAUCGGGUUGAAAUUUUACUUGGAAUCAAUAAAUAAGAAACGUGAUUUGGCUAUAUUAGCUGAUCAUGAUUAUAAAUUAGAUGAUAGUGAUUUGAAGAAUAAUAAAAGGAUUAGAGAGAUUGCUAUGAAAUUAGUGGAAAAUGAACCAAGGUUUGAUGAAGUGUUGUGUGAUAAGCAUCCUAAUUGGAG